AAUCUGAAGGGUGUGCCUCUGACUUAUGAUGAUGUCCGUGUGCUGGGGCAGCAUGGAGACAUCUACGACGAUAACGGAUACAUUCACCUCCACAUACAAGCCAACUUUGUCAUCCCCCCCCAGAGAGGACAGAAACUACUGGGUAGAGUAAAUAAGCUUGGUGUGAGUCAGAGUCUGAUCCACGGCUCUUUUAACGACAGUAUUCCGAAGCCGGCCCAUGUCACCAUGGAGACCUGGAGGGAGGCAGGGCCCAGGAUAGGAGCGGAGCUGGAGUUUGAGAUCUGUUAGCUGGACUCAGACACAGUCAGAGUCCUGCUGAUCAGAGGACGAAUGGACAGGAAACAGGUUCAGGAGCUGAUGGCAGCAUGAGAGAGUUUUGAUCCCAACGACCCUGCAGAGCAGCUGAAGGAACCAGACACAGAACCUGCUCUAGAACCUGAUCUAGAACCAAGCCAGGACUUUCUUGACGCCACUGGGAAACUCAAGAGGAGGAGAAAGAAAACACAGUGAAAGAGACUGCAGUAACAACAUCCAACCAGCAGGGAGGCGCUGUGUUUGGAACAGCAAAGGACAGCGGCACUAACGGCCACAUAUAGGAGAGGAGGAAAAAAAGAA